AUGAAUAUCUUCCGAUUACUAGCCGAUUUCUCCCAUCUGGCGUCCAUUUUGAUUCUUCUCCAGAAGAUGAAGUCGUCCAGUAGCUGUUCUGGAUUGUCCUUCAAAUCGCAAGUGUUGUAUCUGCUGGUGUUCAUCACGCGCUACCUUGACCUCUUCUGGACCUUUACCGAUUCCCUCUACCUGACGACCUUCAAGCUACUCUUCAUCGGCUCCUCGGGAUACAUUAUCUAUUUGAUGCUCAAUGAUUACAAACCCACCCACGAUCGCAAUCUGGAUACCUUCAAGGUCCAAUAUCUGCUUGGAAUCAGUGUGAUUCUGGCCUUGCUAUUCCCUCGUGACUAUCGCAUCUCCGAGAUUCUCUGGACUUUCUCCAUCUGGUUGGAAUCGGUCGCCAUUCUGCCCCAGCUGUUCAUGCUGCAACGGACCGGAGAAGCGGACACCAUCACCACCCACUAUCUCUUCGCCCUCGGCAUGUACCGCGCUCUGUAUAUUCCCAACUGGGUCUACCGCUACUUCACCGAGUCAAGCUUUCAACGAUCCUUCCAGCCGGUCCCGAUCAUCGCCGGCAUCAUUCAGACCCUGCUGUACUCGGACUUUUUCUAUAUUUAUUACAACAAGGUUCUGAAGGGCAAGAAGUUCUCUCUCCCGGUCUAG